UCCUCCGGCGUGCAGCAAAGUGCUGUCCGCGCUUCAGCUGCACUCCGUCGGUCAAUGUGUUCAAUCCACGUCGGCUUUGGAGCCGCGAUAAAAACGAGGGGGAGAAAAACGGGACAAUAGCGGACAAAAGCUUCCCGUGCAGGACGGGAGUGGGACGGAAUCUGCUUGUUUUCUUUUUCUGACCGGACUUUUGAGGAGAUCCGUCCGGGAAGGAAAGCCGUGCAUGUGCACCCGCAGCGGAGGGUCGCACCGACUACCCCUGAGCCCCGACAGCCGCUCGACGGCAGCACACCCGCCGGCAUGACUCCCACACGGAGCUCCGUCCUCCUCCCCGCGGCCGUCAGCCUGCAGCUCCUGCUGCUCUCCGCCCGCGUGCAGGUGUCUUCAGCCACGGGACACUUUGAGCUGCAGAUCCUGUCGAUGCAGAACGCGAACGGGCGGCUGCAGAGCGGCGCCUGCUGCGACGCCCCCCGGGACGCCACCGACCGGCGCUGCGCGGCGGACCAGUGCGACACCUACUUCCGGGUGUGCCUGAAGGAGUACCAGCUGAAGGUGUCCUCUGCCGGGCCCUGCAGCUUCGGCACCGCCUCCACGCCGGUGCUCGGCGGGAACACCUUCUCUCUACGGGACGCCAAGGGCGACGAGGCCAGCAUGGUGCUGCCCUUCAGCUUCGCCUGGCCGAGGUCGUACACGUUGAUCGUGGAAGCCUUGGACUUCAACAACGACUCGUCCUCCGGCAGCCUCGGCGGGGCGGCGCUGAUCGAGAAGGCCGUCCACUCGGGGAUGAUCAACCCCAGCCGGCGGUGGCAGAGCCUGAAGCACAACGGCCCCGUGGCCCAGUUCCACUUCCAGGUCCGCCUCGGCUGCGACGAGCACUACUACGGCUUCGGCUGCAACAAGUUCUGCCGCCCGCGGGACGACUUCUUCGGCCACUACGAGUGCGACCACAACGGCAACAAGACGUGCCUGGAGGGCUGGGCCGGUCCGGACUGCAACACCGCGAUCUGCCGGCAGGGCUGCAACACGGCACACGGGAACUGCAUCGCUCCUGGAGAGUGCAGGUGUCUGUACGGCUGGAAGGGCGAGUACUGCGAUCAGUGCAUCCCUCACCCCGGCUGCGUGCACGGCAGCUGUGUUGAGCCGUGGCAGUGUCUCUGCGACACCAACUACGGAGGACAGCUGUGCGACAAAGAUCUGAACACGUGUGCGACGCUGCAGCCGUGUGUGAACGGAGGAACCUGCAGCAACACGGGACCCGACAAAUACCACUGCUCCUGCCCCGACGGCUUCUCGGGGGUCAGCUGUCAGAAAGCGGACCACGCCUGUCUGUCCAACCCCUGCCUGAGCGGAGGAAGCUGUGUGGAGACCAGUCAGGGCUUGGAGUGUCUCUGUGCCCCCGGGUGGACGGAGCCCUCCUCUCCCAACAACGUGGACGAGUGCCUGGUGAACCCCUGCAGCCACGGAGGGACCUGUGAGGACCUGGUCAACGGUUUCAGGUGCACCUGUCCGCCUCAGUGGACCGGGAAGACCUGCCUCAUCGAUGCCAACGAAUGUGACGAGGACCCGUGCGCCAACGCCAACUCCUGCCGCAAUCUGAUCGGAGGCUACUUCUGCGAGUGCGUCCCGGGCUGGACGGGCCGGAACUGUGACGCCAAUAUCAACGACUGUCGGGGUCAAUGUCGGAACGGAGCGACGUGCGAGGACCUGGUGAGCGGUUAUGAGUGCGCGUGCGCGCCGGGUUUCGCGGGCGAACACUGCGAGAAGGACGUGGACGAGUGCGCCAGCGGGCCGUGCCUCAACGGCGGCCGCUGCCACGACGAUGUCGACGGCUUCCGCUGCCUGUGUCCGGCCGGCUUCUCUGGAAGUCGCUGCCAGCUGGAUAUCGAUUACUGCCUCGACCGCCCGUGUCAGAACGGCGGCCGCUGUUUCAACCUGGCGGCCGAAUACGUCUGCAAAUGUCCCGACGACUUCGAGGGGAAGAACUGCUCGCGCAUGAAGGACCACUGCCGCACGACGCCCUGCAAAGUAAUUGACAGCUGCACCGUGGCGGUGGCGUCCAAUAGCACGCCGGAUGGGGUGCGUUUGAUUUUGUCCAACGUGUGCGGCCCCCACGGGAGGUGUCGGAGUCACGCCGGCGGCCAGUUCAGCUGCGAGUGUGAGGAAGGAUUCUCCGGGACGUACUGCCACGAGAACAUCAACGACUGUGAGAGCGCCCCCUGUCUGCACGGAGGGACGUGCGUCGACGAAGUCAGUCGGUAUCGGUGCGUCUGCGCCGACGGCUGGGACGGACCCACCUGCCAGAACAACAUCGACGACUGUAGCUCCGCCCCCUGUCGGAACCGCGGCGUCUGUCGCGAUCUGGUCAACGAUUUCUACUGCGAGUGCGGCGACGGCUGGAAGGGGAAGACCUGCCGCUCAACCGAGUUUCAGUGCGACGAGGCGACUUGCAACAGCGGAGGAACCUGCUUCGACGAGGGAGACGCCUUCAAGUGCCUGUGCGCCGCCGGCUGGGAGGGCGCCACCUGCAGCAUCGCGAGGAGCAGCAGCUGCGUGCCGAGUCCGUGCGAGAACGGCGGAACAUGCGUGGUGGACGGAGACUCGUUUAGCUGCCUCUGCAAGGAGGGCUGGGAGGGCGCCACCUGCAGCCACAAUGUCAACGACUGCAGUCCUCAUCCCUGUUACAACAGCGGUACCUGCGUAGACGGAGACAACUGGUAUCGGUGCGAAUGCGCUGCGGGGUUCGCCGGCCCAGACUGCAGGAUCAACGUCAACGAGUGCCAGUCGUCGCCCUGCUCCUCCGGCGCCACCUGCGUGGACGAAAUCAACGCUUUCCGCUGCAUCUGUCCACCGGGGAGGACGGGGCCGCGCUGCCAAGAAGCGUCGGGGAGGCCGUGUGUGGUCGGAGGGCUGGUGGCGCCGGACGGAAGCAGGUGGGGCGAAGACUGCAACACGUGCCGCUGUCACAGCGGGAGGAUCGUCUGCACAAAGGUGACCGGAGAAAAAGUUUGACCGUAUGACGAGGAGACCUCCGAGGUGGAUCCGUUCCCAACGCUGGUCCUCAGUGGCGCGUUUCUUUUAACCAGACGGUUGAUUGUGUCUCAGGUGGAGUGCGUUAGCCCCGCCCACCGGACCCCGCCCCCGGCCAGGUGUCACCCGGAGAGCAGCUGCGCCAACGUCACCUUCACCUUCAGCCAGGACAUCGGGGCGAUGGGCGUGACGGCGGAGCAGGUCUGCGGCGAGCUGCGCAGCCUCUACGUGGUCAGGAACCUGUCCUCCGUGUCCUCCAUCUCCGUGACCUGCGAGGCGUCGCUCAGCACCAACAAGGAGAUCCACGCGGUCAUCUCGACAGACGACCGGAGGAGAGGUCCGACCUUCGUGAAGGAAAUCACCGACGGGAUCAUGGACCUGGUGAGCAAGCGGAGCGCCAACGGCACCGCCAUCGGCGCCAUCGCGGAGGUCCGGAUCCAGAGGAGGCCGAGCCGCGACCCCGAUGCGGACCGCCUGGUGCCUCUGCUGGUGUCCGCCGUGGUCGCGGUCUGGGCGCUGGCCAUCGCCUUGACGCUGCUGUGGCUCGUGAGGAGGCGGAGGAAGCGGAGCUCCACCGCGGGGGUCGCCGGCUAGCCGCCGGCGGCGGCGGCGGCGUCUCCGGCGCCGGUUGCCGAGGAGAACAACGCCCUGCACAACAGUGUCAGCACCGCCCGCGAGCAGCUCUACCACAUAAAGAACCCCAUCGUGAAAAACACAGCGAACCAACACCAACAACAACAACAACACCACCUGCUUCUCCAUCACCACCUCUGCCAAGACAAGAACGCCGCCCACGCCCAGAUAUGGAAGCGCGACGCCGGGAGCCAAUCGGAGGAGGACGAGAUGGACAAAAGGCUGCAGAAGGCGAGGUUCCCCCGGGCAACGCCGACGUACUCGCUGGUGGACUGGGAAGAACCCCACCACCACCACCCGCACCACCACGCGGAGCGGAACCCCCCCCACCGGACUAGCAAACGGGACAACAGGCAGCAGAGCGCAAACAGGAUGGAGUACAUCGUAUAGCCAACGGGCUCCGAGGGACCGGAAGGACCACAGAGACCGGGACCACAGAGACCGGGACCACAGAGACCGGGACCCCCCCCCCCCCUCGGCCUGGAAGACUUUUGCUCAUUUGUCUUUUUUUGUUGAUGAUGUCGUUGUUCUUUUGUUUCAAACUGGAUUUUUUUGACGUUUAAUUUAUGACCCCGUUGGAUCUCCGUCUCUCCGUCUCCCCGUGGACGUCCCCGUUAGUGGGCGGAGUUUCGACGUGCACGAAAAGUGCGCCUUUUUCGAUUGGAGGAUGAGUUUUUGCAUUUGGACGGUGCUGGAGCACCAGUUUGGGAGAAGAAUGUAUUUAUUUCGUUUUUUUUUGGAGUAUUCGAGUCAAUAUGAAGAAUCGUCCGUGUAGAAUGUUUCUGUAUAGAUGUGUAAAUAUUUUUUAUUAAUCAUGUGUAUAUUUGAUUUAUUAACUUAAUCGCCAAGAGCCUUGAGGUUUUCCUUUUUGUUUAAUUUAUGAGGCAAACGUUCUGUAACUCUUUUAGUUUUUUGUGUUUUUUUUUAAACGCCAAAAGUGCUCUUGAAGGAUUUAUUUCCUUGCGGGGGGCCGGG